AUAAAUCCGCCGUUGGCCUUGGUGAUUGACAUCAGAGUAAUCUUUUUUCUUUAUUGACAAAUCUGAGGAGAAGAGUAAUGGAUCACAGAGAUCUGAGGUAUCGUCAAGCGAUCGGAUUUGUAGUGGAUGAUGAAUCUGAUUCUAUUCAAAGAACAACACCAAACUUAACGCUUCAAAUAUCUAAAAGCGAGCACGACUGGGCUGAUGAUCGUCACAGCACUUUAGAGGUUCAACAUUUGGCAGGGGUAAUUGCAACUCUGGAACCACCAGAGGACAAAAGCAUCAAAACACUUGUCGUGUGUGGAUUUAACUCGAGAAUCCUCGAGCAGACCAUACUAGACAAAUUUUCUGCUUAUGGAGUGAUCAAAUCUAUCAGAUUCUUUGCCAGGGAACGUCGUGCGUUAGUCACAUACACAGACCGAGAAGGAGCAGAGAAGGCCACUCAAGGCCUCUCCAAGUGGCUACUCAUCAAUGGUCAGAGGCUAAAACUUGCAUGGGGAAGGCCUCAGGACAACGAACCUGAUCAAGAUAGUUUGAACCAACAGGGCACUGUGGCUGAUAGUGGUUUACUAUCACAGCAGCAGAAUCGACCCUCAGCUAUGGACCUUGGCGCAGUCAUUUCAGCCCAAGAGGUUGGUGGUUCAAGCACCAGUGAGACCAAGGAAGCUUCUUCGUCCAAUAUUCCAAUCAUCUGCGCCUGGUGUGUCUUCAACAAUGAUCGGUGGACAAGAGAAAUGGAGCACGCCUGCAACGAAGCUUCUUCUUCUUCUUACGAGAGGCCUCCACAGAUGCCACUACCAUCCGAAGAUGAGUAUCGGACUAGUCUUAGAAGAAGCAAGAUUUAAUAACUUCGAUCUAUUAUUUUCUCGUUAAUUAGACUAUAAUGGUGUUGGUGUUUUUUUACGACUGUAGUAACAAAUCUUAAUUAUGAAA